AUGGCAUCCUCGAAGCUGGUGCUGUCACUGCUGGUUGCAGCUCUCCUGCUUCAUGUGGCCACCACACUGAAGAUCAGCGCCUUCAACAUCAAGGUGUUUGGGGACAGCAAGAUGUCCAACCAGACUAUCGCAGAUAUCAUCGUCUCUAUCCUGUCGGGGUACGACAUCACGGUGGUGCAGGAGGUCCGGGACAGUGACCUGAGUGCCGUGAACAAGCUCAUGGACCAGCUCAACAGGGCAUCCUCGCACCCAUACAGCUUUUUGGUCAGCAUGCCCCUGGGUCGGAACAGGUACAAGGAGCAAUACCUCUUCGUCUACAGAUCGGACGUAGUCUCUGUGGUGGGAAGCUACUACUACGACGACGGCUGCGAGCCCUGCGGGAAUGAUACCUUCAGCAGGGAGCCCUUCAUUGUGAGGUUCUCCUCGCCCACCACGCAGGUGAAGGAUUUCGUGAUGGUGCCUCUGCACGCCGAGCCCAGCAGCGCACCGGAGGAGAUCGACGCGCUCUACGACGUCUACACCGACGUCGUCAACAA